CCCCACCCGGAAGACGUUUCUGAAGCGCCCGCGGCUGGCAACAUGGCGCGGCCCGGAGAUAAGGCAGCUGUUGUUCUGUGUAUGGAUGUAGGCUUUGCUAUGAGUAACUCUAUUCCUGGUGAAGAAUCCCCAUUUGAGCAAGCAAAGAAGGUGAUGACCAUGUUUGUCCAGCGACAGGUGUUUGCAGAGAGCAAGGAUGAGAUUGCUUUAGUCCUGUUUGGUACAGACAGCACCAACAAUCCCCUUGCGGCUGGAGACCAGUACCAGAACAUCACAGUGCACAGACACCUGAUGCUUCCUGACAUUGAUUUGCUGGAGGACAUUGAAAGGAGGAUCCAGCCUAGUUCUCAACAAGCUGACUUUCUGGAUGCAUUGAUCGUGUGCAUGGAUGUGAUUCAACGUGAAACUGUGGGAAAGAAGUUUCAGAAGAGGCAUAUUGAAGUAUUCACCAACCUCAGCAGCCCAUUCAGCAAAGAUCAGCAGGAUGUUAUAAUUCACAACUUAAAGGAAUCUAACAUCUCCCUACAAUUCUUUUUGCCUUUCCCAGUUGGCAAGACAGAUGGAACUGGAGACAGAGGAGUUGGCACCUUGCCCUUGGGGGACCAUGGGCCCUUUUUUCUUCAAAAAGGAAUCACCGAGCAGCAAAAAGAAGGUGUACAGAUGGUGAGGGACGUGAUGCUGUCUUUAGAGGGAGCCGAUGGGCUGGAUGAAAUUUAUUCCUUCAGUGAGAGUCUGAGACAACUGUGUGUCUUUAAGAAAAUUGAGAGGCAUUCCAUGCCCUGGCCCUGCCUACUGACCAUUGGCUCCAAUUUGUCUAUAAAGAUUGUAGCCUAUAAAUCGAUUCUACAGGAGAAAGUUAAAAAGACUUGGACAGUUGUGGAUGCACGAACCCUAAAGAAAGAAGAUAUACAAAAAGAAACAGUUUAUUGUUUAAAUGAUGAUGAUGAGACUGAAGUUUCCAAAGAAGACACUAUUCAAGGGUUCCGCUAUGGAAGUGAUAUUGUUCCUUUCUCUAAAGUGGAUGAGGAACAAAUGAAAUAUAAAUCGGAGGGGAAGUGCUUUUCUGUUUUGGGAUUUUGUAGAUCUUCUCAGGUCCAGAGAAAAUUCUUUAUGGGGAAUCAAGUUUUAAAGGUCUUUCCUGCACAUGAUGAUGAGGCAGCAGCAGUCGCCCUUUCCUCCCUGAUUCAUGCUUUGGAUGAGUUAGACAUGGUGGCCAUAGUUCGAUACGCCUAUGAUAGAAGAGCUAAUCCCCAAGUUGGUGUGGCUUUUCCUUUUAUCAAGGAAACCUAUGAGUGUUUAGUGUAUGUGCAACUGCCUUUCAUGGAAGACUUGCGGCAAUACAUGUUUUCAUCCCUGAAAAAUAAUAAGAAAUACACUCCCACAGAGGCACAGUUGAAUGCUGUUGAUGCUCUCAUCGACUCCUUGAGUUUAAUAAAGAAAGAUGAAGAGGAAGACACCAUCAAAGACUUGUUUCCAACUAUCAAAAUCCCAAAUCCUGAAUUUCAGAGAUUAUUUCAGUGUCUGCUGCAUAGAGCUUUACAUCCCCAGGAACCUCUGCCCCCACUCCAGCAGCAUAUUUUGAAUAUGCUGGAUCCCCCAGCUGAGGUGACAGCAAAAUGUAAGAAUCCUCUAUCCAAAAUAAAGAGCCUUUUCCCUUUGACUGAAGCUGUGAAGAGAAAGGAUCAAGUAACUGCUCAGGACAUUUUCCAAGACAACCAUGAAGAGGGACUCACCGUUAAAAAACACAAAACUGAGGAAGGGGAAGCCCACUUCAGUGUCUCUAGUGUGGCUGAAGGCAGUGUCACCAAGGUUGGAAGUGUGACUCCUGCUGAAAACUUCCGUGUACUAGUGAGACAGAAGAAUGCCAGCUUUGAGGAAGCAAGUCACCAGCUAAUAAACUGCAUUGAACAGUUUUUGGAUACGAAUGAAACACCCUAUUUUAUGAAAAGCUUGGACUGCAUCAAAGCCUUCCGGGAAGAAGCCAUUAAGUUUUCAGAAGAACAGCGCUUUAACAGUUUCCUGCAAGCCCUUCGAGAGAAAGUGGAAAUUAAGCAGUUAAAUCAUUUCUGGGAAAUUGUUGUCCAAGAUGGAAUUACUCUGAUCACCAAAGAUGAAGCCCCUGGAAGCUCUGUCACACCCGAGGAGGCCAAGAAGUUUCUGGCUUUCAGCGAAAAACCAGAUAAAGAUACAGCAGCUGUCUUGGAAGAAGGAGGUGAUGUGGAAGAUUUACUGGACAUGAUGUAAGUCAUGGACACGUGGCAGAUCAGAGUUACUGUUCCUUUGGUGCUGGAAGCUCCAAUAGAAAAACCUGGAGGAGGCUGUCCCAGGAACCAGAGCUUUGGAGAUCAUCCCAGCAAGUUACUCUGAAGAUUUGAGUCUCUGGGGGAGUGAAUGAGCAUAUGUUUAGACCAUGUACAAGUUUAUAAAGUCAUUGUUAUUUUCUGAUUGGUAUGUUA